CAGCCAUCUACGUCACAACUACGUCGACCCUUCAUUGGCCAGUGAUGCUUCGAGACCAUGUGUGCCAAUUUGCUACUGCACCUAGCAAUUGUCAUAGCACUCUGCAUAUAUUGUGAGAUUGAAGGUGUUCAGAUCACAGGCCUGUUUGUUCCUCACGAGGUUCAGAAUGGCAGCGACCACGUGUUGUUGGACUGUGAGUACUCUCUACGACCUGAGGAGUUACAACCUACGUCAGGGCUGGUCGUCAAGUGGUUCUAUAACAACAGUCCGGCACCUGUGUACCAGUGGAUCCCUGGCAACAAGCCCCAGGACCUCGGUGUCCUCAAGGGCCGCCUCAACCUGGAGCACCGAGCCUCACAACACAACGGCACGGCCCACCGCGCCCUCUACAUCCUUCAGCCUACCACGGACCUGUCCGGCGAGUACAAGUGUGCGGUGUCCACCUUCCACGAGGAGGACUUCAUGAUCAAACGCAUGCUUGUAUACGCGCCGGAAAGGAAGAUAGAAGUUUUCCAGACCAAGACAGACCUCCAAGGAGUGAACGUUUCCUGCAGAGCCCUCGGAGUCUUCCCAGAGCCCAAGAUGGUCCUUUACAAAGGCAACGACAUCAAGAAAAUGUAA